UACACAUGCCAACACUCAUCGUUACCAGCAACGAGUUCUGCAGGGUCUUGGGUUUAAGGGACUAAGGGGCUUCUCUUCCUACUCACAGAGAGAAAGAGCGAUCGAGAGAGGGAUGGCCUGCCGAGGCUCGGCAGACGAGUGCAGAGGCGACGGUUUCUGUGGCAGUGAUACAAUUAGGACGAGCCCCAACAUCGUCUGUUCUGCUGCUUGUAAUGAUGGUCGUGCCGUGGCUUCUCCCCUUUGCUGCAAGUGCAAGGAGAGACCGGCGGAGGCGAAGGCCAACCAGACGGAGGACCUGUGUGGCGGCUGCCUCCGUUCCUCCCUCUUCGCCAAAUUCAAGCUGGCUGUCACCUCCCACUCUAUGAUUAACCCUUCCGACAACGUCCUUGUUGCCUUCUCGGGCGGCUCCGCUUCCAGGUUGGUUUUAGAAUUUGUACAUGAGAUGCAAUCGAAGGCCCAAAAGAAUUUAGAAGCUAGUAAAGAUAGGUCGUUGCCUGUAUUUCGAGUAGGUGUUGCUUUCGUUGUUGAAAGCAACAUCUCAGUUUCUUCACCUGAUUCAAGCAAAGCUGUUGAAGAAGUGCGGCUUAUUGUUUCAAACUUAGCUCCUCCAGUGAAAACGGUUCAUGUUUUAUCCAUCGGUUCUGUGUGCUCUGAAAAUUUUGAUGAACUGGAUGGAAGAAGCAGAUUAAGUGAACUACUUCAUUUUGUUGGUGAUGCCACUGGGAAAGAAGACUUUUUGCAGUAUCUGCGUAUGCUAGCUUUGCAGAAAAUUGCUAUGGAAAAUGGGUACACUAAACUGGUGUUAGGUCUGUGCACAUCAAAGCUUGCAUGCCACGUGAUUUCGGCAACUGUUAAGGGGCAAGGGUACUCUUUACCUGCUGAUGUACAAUAUGUUGAUGCUAGAUGGGGAAUUCCUGUAGUGCUUCCUCUUCGUGACUGUGUCUCACAUGAAAUAACCAUGCUUUGUCAAAUUGAGGGUUUAACGACCCUAAAGUUGACUCAAGAGCCUCACUUUAAUAUUAACAGUCUUGUUUCAUCAUUUGUUGCAAAGUUACAGGAAGAAAAUCCUUCACGAGAACGAACAAUUUUAAGAACAGCAGAAAAAUUGCGCCCAUUUUUCUUUAAUAAGCUACCAGAAAGUGAAGACUCUGAACGUUUGUCAUUCCGAAGACGGCAUGCUUUACAGAAGUUCAAGUCUAGUGGUUCCAUAGCCUCAGAUUUCCUCUGUCCAAUAUGUGGCUGUCCAGUCAGUGAAGCAGACCUGCAAACUGUAAGAAGCAACUUGGAAACUGGUCUUGUGAAAGGUGCCUUCUUCAGAUCCAUUUGCUGCUCCAGUUGUACAUUCCAGAUCCUCCCAGAAGAGGAAUCAUCGAUGGACACCGUCUACUCACUUCUGCCUGAAGAAAUGAUCAGGAGAACCAAGUGUAAUGGAACUGCUGGACAGAGUUGGUUGAGGAAGCAAAUUGAAGAUUGCUUACUCCUGCAGGAUAGUGAUGAAGAGCAUGAAUAAAUGCAACCACAUUUAUUUUCUUAGUUUUCCUGUAAUUCGUGGGCCACCAAUAUUUUUGGUUUUGGUUAUUGGCUCAUCUAGACUUGCUGAUCUACCAACUGUUUCCCCUUGCUGUGGGAAGAAUGAAAGUGGUAACAGAUGGGUUUCGGACAAGAUUUUUUUGGUUUUUUUUUUUUUGUGGAGAACUGGACAAGUUUCUCCUUUUCUCCUGAGGGCACUUGGUUAUAGUGGAAUCAGUGAUGCGGCUGCCAAGAGGUGGUGUGCACGGGUUUGAGCUGAUGCGUUUGUCCUUUUAACAAACAGGAGGAACUCUAACUGAAUUAAAUAUCAGUUGGCACUGUGUUUGAUUUUGUACCGUAAUGUCCGAAGACCAUUUAAUC